UCCAUCUCUACUUGACAAAUGUCGCCUAAAUACUCGAACAACCUUCUUGGCAAACUUUCAACUGAAAAUGUUAUGAAACUGAACCAACUAACUGAAAAUAAUUCCAGGAUAUAUUUGAGAAAUCUGUACAAAAACAGCCAGCCAGCAUUUGUUACCGAAACCGAGUAGACCAGCCAGUGCUGCCAGGUACUCUGUAAGAUGUCUAGCUAAGUCUUCAACUUAGCUGUAUUUAACAUUUCUUGCUGUUAUUUAAAGUUAGAAAAAUGGAACAGAAAUCGUAAAAGAGGCACUUUUGUGCUUUAUGUGUAAUUCUUUGGUGAACAUGUGAUCUGGAGCACAAGGAAGGAAAAAGCCAACAGCAUGGAUGCCACAGUCGACAAUAUAUCACCGAAGGAGAUGCUUGAGAAAAUAGCUGAGCUGGAUUACAGUCAGUGUCAGCUGAGGGACCUGAAUGCUGAGAUGAGGCACUGGCUAGAUAUUGCAGAUGAUGACAUAGCGACACUGCGGUCGGAGAACACCACCCUCCAAAAACAAGUGAAAGCCCUGGAGAAGAUCCUCAGUGAUGCACAACAAAAUGAAGCAGAGGCUUGCAGGCCCUUCAUGGCUGAUGACCUCGAUGCAAAUAAAUGCAGUCAACAAAAGAUUCAUGAAUCAGAAAAGGAAUCCAUCAUGAUGAAGGAGCUAAAUAAAAAGCUAACAGCAGAGCUUAAAAACUUAGAGCAAGAGAGAGACCAGGAUAAGAUCACUUUGAGCAAGCUCAAGACUGCCCUUCAGACCCUCAAGAUGGAAAUGGAGGAGGUUCAGCUAGCGCUGCGGCAUAGUGACGAGGUUAUUGAUCAGAAAAACCAGCAGUUAAAGCAUUUGGAGGAAACUGUGGAGGAGUUUUCUGACGUCAUAAAGGAUCUCAGACUGACCAAGCAAGAGCUGAUGAAUCAGCUGGAAGACAGACAAGACGAGGCCUCGUUUGCUUUUCAGACUGAGCUAAUGACAGAAAAGGAGAGACUGAUCAGUCCUCGCCUGUCCUUAGCAGAGGAAAUACAGCUGGUGGCUUUAUCAUCCGAAGUGAAAACCAGCAUGACAGAUGUUAAACAUGAGGAGAGUCAAACUGAGGAGCUACUGGAACAUCACAGUCUCACAGUUGACAUGAAAACCAAAAGGGGCAGAUCUGCAGGUACCUUGAAGACGGCUGUUCAGAGAGCAGGACUCUUUGUGUUGUGCAUCUUCAGUCUCUUUGUUUUGGCCUAUGUGGCUGUAGGAUGCUGUGCAGGAAACUUUGACUUAUUUUCCAACAUCUUGUGGAGCAGUGCACGUCUCAUGUUACAGCCCUGUUUUAGUGUCCACUACAGGGCUUUACCUCCCUUUUGAUUUGUUAUAAACAUUUGAAUUCAGUUCGUUCAGCCUCAUCUUGUUUCUUUAUAAUUAGUUAUUAAGUCAGUCCUUGUCAUAUAAAUAUAUGAAAUCUGUGACAAACAAGCAAAGUCAAAUUAACCAGUUUCAGAGUUAUGUCAUUUUGUUACAACACCUGUGCUGUUGCGACAUGUGACAAUUGGAGUUGUCAGUUUUAAACCACUUAAAAAAGGAACUAUAUCAUUAAAAGUGUUUGUAUAAAACAAUGUAAAUGUUUUAGGACAAAAUGUAGAUGUCAUUCAGAAACUAUUAACAUUGUCCAUUCAGAGAGUUGGGGGAAUAAACUGUUUUUCUUUU